UGCCUGAGGUGGUAGUGGGAGUGGGUGCUAGGGUCGCUGGGGGACCCACGGCUGGUGUCAAACCAGGCCCCAAACCCACAGCAGAACAGGGAGACCCACGCUGCGCUGGCCACCCCAGUGGGUGGUGCAGACGCCUCCCGCCAUCCUUGCACCUGACGGCUGUGUCCUCUCUUCCUCCCUCCCGCCUCAUCAGUCGGCUGGCUGACACAAGCACGCAGCUCUGUCCUCUUGGUGCCUGGAGAUGAACCAACCAUUGUUCUCCCUGCUGUCCCCAUCUGUGGGCACGACUCACCCUGAGCUUCAGCUCCACUUUCUCCCCUUCCAGGCUGCCCUGCAGCCCUUCAUCUCUGGUGUCUUGCAGGCCCCGGCUCCCAGCACAGAAGGAUGAGGGGGGAGAAUGUCACCAAGGUCAGCACGUUCGUGCUGGUGGGCUUCCCCACGGCGCCCCAACUGCAGUACGUGCUCUUCCUCCUCUUCCUGCUCACCUACCUCUUUGUCCUGGUGGAGAACCUGGCCAUCAUCCUCACCGUCUGGGGCAGCACCUCGCUCCACAGGCCCAUGUACUACUUUCUGGGCAUCAUGUCAUCCUUGGAGAUCUGGUACGUGUGUAACAUCAUACCCAAGAUGCUGGACGGCUUCCUCCUGCAGCGGAAACGCAUCUCUUUCAUCGGGUGCAUGACGCAGCUCUACUUCUUCAGCUCCCUGGUGUGCACGGAGUGUGUGCUCCUGGCCUCCAUGGGCUACGACCGCUACGUGGCCAUCUGCUACCCGCUGCGCUACCACGUUAUCAUGACCACGGGGCUGUGCGUCCAGCUGGUGGUCUUCUCCUUUGUGAGCGGCUUCACCGUCUCCCUGAUCAAGGUCUACUUUAUCUCCAGCGCCACGUUCUGUGGCUCCAAUGUCCUGAACCACUUCUUCUGUGACAUUUCCCCCAUCCUCAAGCUGGCCUGCACGGACUUCUCCACGGCAGAGCUGGUGGAUUUCGUCCUGGGCUUCAUCAUCCUGGUGUUCCCUUUCCUGGCCACCGUGCUGUCCUACGGGCGCAUCACCCUGGCUGUCUUGCGCAUCCCCUCGGCCACCGGCCGUUGGAGAGCCUUCUCCACCUGCGCCUCUCACCUCACUGUGGUCGCCAUCUUCUAUACGGCCAUGAUCUUCAUAUACGUCCGGCCCCAGGCCAUCGAUACACGGAGCUCCAACAAGCUCAUCUCUGCUGUGUACACUGUCCUCACCCCCAUCCUGAACCCCUUGAUCUACUGUCUGAGGAACAAGGAAUUUAAGGAUGCCUUGAAAAAGGCUGUGAGCUGGGGUCGAGCCUCACAGUAG